UAAAUUUCAGAUUAAUUUGUCUGUUUUCUUGGCCCCAGUGGGACUUAUAAUUGUGAAACGUGAGUUAUGAAAACUGGGUGCAGUCCAAAGUUUUUCUUCCAGUAGUUCUGUACACUUCUGCAUAACAACUGAUAACACUCUAUUUCCCAUGUUACUCUAAUAAUUUUGUGUGAAGUUCAAAGUUCUUAUCUGACCGCGCGACUGACUGAACUCUUCCACACAGUGCGAUACACCUGUACUUUUCCUCAGCACAUAUUCCUCUAUGGAAUCAACAUGGCAGAGAGUGGAAUCCAUGCACCGCUGGAUUCUAGAAAAUGGGGAUAAGCGGACAGACCCCUGGCUUCUUGUCUACUCUCCUGUAUCAAUCAUCUGUAUAUUUUUGUGCUAUCUUGGUAUUAUUUGGAUUGGACCCAAGCUUAUGAAAAACAAGGAACCAGUGAACCUAAAAGCAGUGCUUAUUGUAUACAACUUUGCUAUGGUCGGUUUGUCGAUUUACAUGUUCCAUGAGUUCUUAGUCACAUCAUGGCUGGAAAACUACAGUUAUCUGUGUCAACCUGUGGACUACAGCCCCAGUCCUCUAGGAAUGAGGAUGGCCAGUGUAUGCUGGUGGUUCUUCUUCUCUAAAGUUAUUGAGCUUAGUGAUACAGUCUUUUUUAUCCUAAGAAAAAAGAACAGCCAGCUCACUUUUCUACAUGUUUAUCAUCAUGGAACUAUGAUCUUCAACUGGUGGGCAGGAGUUAAAUUUGUGGCUGGAGGUCAAUCAUUUUUUAUCGGGCUGCUGAACACCUUUGUUCAUAUAGUGAUGUAUUCUUACUAUGGCCUGGCGGCCCUGGGGCCUCACAUGCAGAAAUAUCUGUGGUGGAAGCACUACCUCACCUCAUUACAGCUGGUCCAGUUUGUCUUGCUGACUAUUCACACUGGUUACAACCUCUUCACCGAGUGUGAUUUUCCUGAUUCCAUGAAUGCAGUUGUGUUUGCAUAUUGCAUCAGCCUCAUUAUACUCUUCAGCAACUUUUACUACCAGAGCUACAUAACCAGGAAGAGCAAGAUGUCUUAGCAUAUUGGUCCACAUGAGUAGAAGAGGACUCACCCAUCCUUUAAUAGACUAAUUUGUCCAUUGCUGUUGUCACUGCAGUCAUUCCUCAGCUAAAUUAAGUCUUCAGGACUGAAAAUCUGCUGAAACCACUGACCUUAUAUCUAAUUUGGGUUGUAAAUGAAUUAUCCAAUAAAGAUGUCACAUGUUUCAUUGCAUUUUGGAACCUCAACCAAAAUAAUUUGAACUGUAAAUAAAGUGUAAUUUCAUUUUAAAUAA